AUUUCAGUUAUAGUAAGAACUUUGAGAGCAAAUGACUUGAACGAUUUGUAUCUCGAGCUAUCACAAAAGAAAAUAACGUCUUUAUUCCUAAUAUUGCAACGUGAGCGAUCCAAUGGAAUUUCUUUAUUUUCUUGUGUACUCAUUGUUAUAUGUCUCUUGUUUGAUUGUCCCUACAUCAGCUUGUCCGGGAGAAGAUGACAAAUAUAAAAAGCUACUAAUAGACAAAAAAUUGCCAUCUGUACUGGCUAUAUUUACGGAGAUUUCGCCGAUGUUUUGUUCAUACGAAUGCAGUAAAAAUAAUGACUGCAAAGGUUUUGCGUACAACCCGUCAAGUAAAGUGUGCAAGCAUUCUGAGCAUUCUCCAUUUCUCGUGCAGGAACUAGUGGAUGACGAUGCAGGAUUCGAGCUUUUCAACGAUGAAGACCUUCGGUGCAGACUUGAUUUCACCGCACACAUGGCGGGCCCUGCACCUCGCACAUUCACCUCUCCCAGUUACCCUAGUAACUACCCGAACAACAUCAACCAGUUUUGGCUGAUUGUGAAACCAUCGAAAACUUCAACACUGAGGGUGCGGUUUGACUCGUUCAAUACACAGUUUACUGUUGGCUGUAUUAAAGACAUUCUUAUGUUUUACAAAGGUUAUUGCACGGAUGAUCCUUACUUACUAACAAUGUGCGGCUAUGCUCCAGCGAAUCAACUUCCGGUACUUACAGAAGCCACCAGUCUGUACGUCCUUGUUCAAUUCGUCACCGAUUCCUCCAAUGAUGUCAGCUACAGCGGGUUUUCCCUGGAAUACAAGAUCGUAUCAUAAAAGUUUAAAUAUGAAUUAAACAUUUGUACAGCAAUUUGGACGUUUUUACAGCGAUUUGUACGUUUACACAGCGAUUUGAAAGUUUAUACAGCGAUUUAUAGGCAGUUAUUCAGCGAAUUAGACGUUUACGAUUUGUAAAAAUUUUAAUUGUACUUUAAAUAUCAUUAAAAUUAUAAUAUUAUUAUUUCAUUCGGAGUAUUGCAAACAACAUUGCAUAGUACAGAAGGAAUCCGGGAAGUUGUAACUUGUUCACCAGAAAAUUGUUUACAUACCUUGAUCUUUAUUCCAAGAAACAAUGUUGUUGUUUUUCCUCUUAGAGUAUAGGAUUGUUAAUCGAACAAUAUUUCAAUAUUUUGGGAAAAUAUAAUCCAAAUAAUCAAGAACAUGAUAAACUCGUUCAGAGAGUCAUACUCUUCCAUGUGUUAUAGAAUCAUACACUGAUAAAGUCAUUUAUUAAGGUUGUUUAUAUGCCUUAUGCAUAUAAACGUGCAUUAGCAAAUUUUAGAUGCAGUGGCCAUGACUUGAAAAUUGAAAAAGGAAGGCACUUAAAUAUUGACAGAGAAUUAAGAUUGUGUUCAUCUUGUCUUAAACGUAAUGUGCAUGUUGUGGAAAAUGAAGUGCAUUUUUUGAUUGACUGUCAGCUUUACAACGACCUUAGACACAAACACUUCAACUUUUGUAAUUAGAAUGUGAUUGUAAAAAGUAAUGAACGCUUAAAUACUAUAAUGUUAGAAACAACAAAAGACAAUAUUAAAAAAUUGGCAAAAUUUAUCUAUGAAGCAAAUAAUUUAAGAAAACUUCAAAUAACUGAACAAAUUUAAACAUGUAUAUUAUAAUGUUUUUAAUUUAUUUUUAUGCGCCAUGAAUUUCAGUUACUCCAUUUGUUGAAACGAUCGUUUCUCAAUGUAACCAUACCUUUAUGUUUAAAUAAUAUAUUUAAAGUAAUAGUUACCUCUUCAACACUGAUAUUAAUCAUAUUGGCAUUUGUACAUUAUAUGUUUAAUUAAUAUUACCUUUAUUUCAACUUAAUAUUCAAUAUUACGAUUAUAAUAUAUGUCUAUUUUAUAUAUUUAUAUCUCACUCUUUCUUUAAUUGAAAAUCUGAUUGUAUUUUGGGCGGAAGGCCUUAUAUUAGAAUAAACACAUUGGCAUUGUUUAAUCCGUUUUAUGUUAGUCUUAGAUAAAAUUAUACUGAAAGUUUUUUUAUUAGGAAAAAAUAUGUAAGAUAUUCAUGAAAUUUUACAUGAACUGCAAUCAAUAUACCGAAUAAUACGGGCUUUUUUUUAAAACAAA